CGGCCGUCGCACCGCCCUUGCGCAGGCGCGGGGCGGCCAUGUCGGCCGCCGUAGAGCGGCGGCUGGCAGAGUUCCGCGCCGCCCGCGGCAGCGCCGCCGCCUCGCCGCGCCCCGCGGAGCCGCUGGGAGAGGCCGCGGCUGCAGAGGCCGCCGCGGCGGGCCCGGGCGGCGGCGUUCAGGCCCGGCCCGGCGGGGCGGCGGCUCCGGUGUGGGCGCGUCCGCUGCUGCUGAAGGUGCUGCUGUGGGCGGUGCUGCUGGCGCUGUUCGCGGAGCUGGAGCUGGGGCUGCCCUACUUCGUGCUCUCCCUGCUCUACUGGAUGUACGCCGGCACCCGCGGCCCCGCCGAGCGGCGGCGGGGCGAGCUGAGCGCCUACUCCGUCUUCAACCCCGGGUGCGCCGCCAUCGCGGGGACGCUGACGGCCGAGCAGCUGGAGCGGGAGCUGCAUUACCGGCCCGCCGCCGGGAGGUAGCGACCGGCCCGGCGGCGGCCGAGGGAGCGCCUGGGCUGGCGGGGACAGCCGCUUUGCUGAGGCGGCCCCCGCUGCCUGCGCCCCUCGUACCACGGACCCGAGGCGGGGCUGGGGGAGGAGGAGGACAAGGGGAGUAUUUCUAUGCAAAACGCCGCUUGCGCCUUACUCCUGGCCCGGUUUCCCCAGGCGCGGUCCGGUCCCGAAUAAAGCCGUAGCAAAGCGUG